AUGGACUCCCAAGAAAUCCUGGCCAUCCAUGCAAUCCUCCAUUUAAUCUUUCAUCGUAACAAGAACCAACAUCAUGGCGCAAAGUGGUGGAAAUGGCUGUCGGUCUUAAAGCGCGCCACGCUGGAUGUCGCCCGAUCGGGCGAGCAAGCUCAUCUCGUCCACCUCGUCCCGCGAUGCUAUGUGGCAUUUUCUACGGUUGUCGCGGACAACCGCUUUGCUUCGCUCGGGAUCGUGCUCCUGGCUACGUUGGCGCGACUGUCCAAAGUGACUGGGAUCAGCCAGGCACUGAAGACCCAGCCCACGGCUGUCAUGCCCCAGAAGACAGAGUCUGCCGUUCAGGAAGACCUCGGAGAACGAGUGACCCGCGUUGAUGAGGCAUCUCCUGUCAAACCGGUCAAAAUAUCUCGACCUGCGUCAGUGGCUGAGCCAAAACGAACAAAACCGAAGAAGUCGAAGAAACACAAGAAUGCUAUCGAUGAUCUAUUUAACGGAUUAUUUUAA